CGAGGAGGGGUAGGGGACGCCCAGCGGACCCGCGCGCAGUCCGAGGGUAUCAGGCGGGGCUCCGCUGUGGACGGGCGACGGGCAGCAAUGGCGGAAUCGGCGUCGGCUCGGCACAGGAGGAAGCGCCGCGCCACACCCCUGGCUUCUUCUCCGCCGCCCCCGCCCGCGCCAGAGGAAAGCCCCCGCCCUCCGCCAGCAGAGCUCCCCCUGCAGGCCGUGGUGGCCGCCAUCCAGGCGGUGGAGAAGAGGAUGGAGUCCCAGGCCGCCCAGCUGCAGAGCCUGGAGAGACGCAUGGAGACAGUGGAGAAGAAGCUGGCCGACUUUGAGAAGAUGACCUUGGAGUUCGGGAACCAGCUGGAGGGCAAGUGGGCCGUGCUGGGGACCCUGCUGCAGGAGUACGGGCUGCUGCAGAGGCGCCUGGAGAACAUGGAGAACCUGCUGCGGAACCGGAACUUCUGGGUCCUGCGCCUGCCCCCGGGUGGCACCGGGGAGGCCCCCAAGGUGUCCCGGUCCCUGGACACCGAUGGCGUCUGUUUCUCGGAGCAGGAGUGGGAGAACCUGGAGGACUGGCAGAAGGAGCUGUACAGAAACGUGAUGAUGAGCAACUACGAGACUCUGGUCUCCCUGAAGGUCCUUGGCCAGCCAGAAGGAGAAGCGGAGUUGGGUACAGAGAUGCUGGGUGACCUGGAGGAGGAAGCCCUUGGCGGUGUGCACCCAGCCGAAGGGGUCAUGAUCAAGCAGGAGAUGGAGUCCCCCCAGGGACAGGAGCGCCCGGAGGACCUCCCCGGCGAGUUCCCGGGCGUCGCGGAAGAGCAGGCCUUCCUGGGCCCGGUGCAGACCGAGCUCUGGAACGGCCAGGGCGCCUCUGUCCUCUUGGAAUCAGAUCCCCGGGACACUAACCUAGAGGAGCCCAUGGACAGCGGCAGAGACCCCGGCAGUGACAGAAGCCUGGGCCUCCCCUCGAAGCAGAAAUCUAAUAGGCCGGUGGUGCUGGGUCAGGAAUGCGGGCAGGGCCUGAAGCUGCAGAGGGACCCCCCCGGCCCCUUCGAAUGUCCCGAGUGCGAGCUCAGCUUCCGCUGCGAGCAGCAGCUGGCCACCUACCUGCGGACCCACUCGGGGUGGGAGCCUCCCGCCGCCCCGGAGCCCGAGGAGAGCCUCAGGCCCAGGCCGCGGCUGAAGCCCCAGUCCAAGAAGACAAAGCAGCAUCAGUGUGACAUUUGCAUGAGGAGCUUCAGCUGCAGGGUGAGCCUGGUGACCCACCAGCGCUGCCACCUGCAGGAGGGGCCCAGUGGUGGCCAGCGUGUCCAGGAGAGGUUCUCGCCCAACAGCCUGGUCGCCCUGCCAGGCCACAUCCCCUGGAGGAAGAGCCGGAGCUCGCUCAUCUGUGGUUACUGUGGCAAGAGCUUCAGCCACCCGUCGGAUCUAGUGCGGCACCAGCGCAUCCACACGGGCGAGCGGCCCUACACCUGCCCCGAGUGCGAGCGGAGCUUCGUGCAGAAGCAGCACCUGCUGCAGCACCAGAAGAUCCACCAGCGCGAGCGCGGCGGGCUGGCCCUGGAGCCGGGGAGGCCCAACGGCCUGCUUUAAGGGUGCCAGCCCCUCGCCUGUCCGGGGGGGGCCGAGGGGGCUGGCAUUGGUCUCCCGAAGAGACACUGUGCGGAGUCAGGGACUGACUUCUUCCUGAGGGGAGUCGCUUUGAUUUGCCUAACCUUGGCCGAGCGGCAGGCCGAGCCCGGCCCCCAGAACUGCGCGGAGCGGGCCGGGCCAGGCCACCCUGCUGUCUACCCUGCUGCUGAGCUCGCCGUGUCUUCGGCACCUUCCCGUCCUGGGUUUUCGCAUCCACGCCAAUGCUCGUGGUCCAGGGCUGGUUCGAGGGCCUGGCCCAGCGUUUAAGGUCUUCCCCCGGGGUGGUGGGGGGGCCAGUCAGGCCAAAGGAGUAGCAGGUGUGCAGAAGAGCUCUGGGGAGCGUAACCCUCCGUUCCCUCUCCUUUCGUAGUCUCCUUAAUAACAUGUAGAAAAGUAAUUUAAACGAACUCACCCUGCUCUGAAGAACCUUUUUGGAAUUAGAUUUUAGUUGACUUUAAAAAAAAAUACAGCCCAACACUUGUUUUUUUAAUUUCCAGCGCUGUAGAAGUUCCUAACGCAGGGCCUGGCCUGCCGUCUGGGAGGGAGGUGUGUCUGGGCUCGUUCGGCCCACCCACACUCAGGCCACGGUCAGGGUGCAUCAGGGUGCAAUGUGCGGGCCCCUCGUUGUGGGGAGUCUUAGCGCACUUGGGUGGGACUCACUGAAUCAAAAGGACUGAGAGGGAGAGAGCAGUAGGGGUGGACCCCGAAGCUCCCCGCGGAGAGUGAAGCGUCUGGCAAGGGAGCCCGACGGAAGGAGCCGCAGCCUCCCAGGCGUUCGGAGUGCCUCUUUCGUCCGCACCCUGCUGGGAUCUGCGGCCUCACAGGGUACACGGCUCCUUUGUUACUUAAGGUUGUUCAGCUUGUAUCAGUGGUUAUCUGAGUUUGUUCCUGUUAGACCGGUUGUUCCUUAGGGUUGUUCAGGUGACACACUUUCCAGUAAUUGUCCUGGGACUGACAGUCCCGGACGUGGCGGAGGAGAGGCGCACAGCCGCGCGCCUGCCGGGAGUGCGCGGUGCCUGCCGCCGCGCUGUUGUUCGGGAGUGGGCUCCUGGCUCCUGUGUGAGUGCCCCCUUCGAUGACUUGGCAGUUGCUUAGAAUAAAACUUGCUACUGGCAAAGAAAAAGUGCUCAUGUUGGAUGUUUUUCUCCCAUUGUCAAGAAGACACGUCUGGGAUCAAGGAAGAUGAGGCCUCUGACCUGGAGCAGCAACAGAGGCCUGGCUUAAACCUAGCGCAGAGGAGAAGAGGGCGUGUUUCGGGCCCUG